ACUCUACACAGCAUGGGAUUCGAAGAUGGGGUGACUGAUGACAAAGCUCCUCCAGGCUUUCCAGCGAAGUCCCCUCCAAAAACAGCACUCGCGCGCGCUCCUCAGCCCGUGGUCUCCGCGCAGGUGGAGGACCUCAAGGUGGCAACAUACACAUAUGGUCAACCCAAUCCAUUUCUAGUAGAUGCAAAACUAAGAAGAUCAGUGAUCAGCGAAAUCAUAGAAAAAAAAAUUGAAUAUCUUACAAAAGAAACGACUUUAAAUAUAAAGGGAACAGUGUUCUUUGGAACAACAGCUAGUUUCUCUGGAAUGUUGGCAAACUUCAUUUUCAGAAAUUGCUUUAAGGUUCAACAUGAUGCUCUGAAGACAUACACAUCAUUAGCCACACUUCCAUUUUUGUCUACUGUAGUAGCUUACAAGCUCUUUGUAACUGAUGCUUUGAAUUCAGGUAAUAUAAGCCAGGAAAACUGUGUUCUGAGAAGUUCCCUGGUUGGCAUAGUAUGUGGUGUUUUAUAUCCCAGUGCUUUGGCUUUUUCUAGAAAUGGACAUCUGGCAGUCAAGUAUCAUACUGUUCCGCUGCCGCCAAAAGGAAGGGUUUUACUUCACUGGCUAUUGCUUUGUCAAACAGACAUAAAGGCAAUGGCAAUCCCGCUAGUCUUUCAAACAGUCUUUGCAAUAUUUACUGGGCUGCGUCAUUACGCAAUAUUUGAAAGUACACUUGAGAAAACUGUACAUGAAGAUUAAUCAAAGAAUGCUAAGUCCAUGGAAUGGAUUUUUUUUUUAUGAUGAGGACUCAGGUACUGCUGAAAGAGUUAAAAAGUAACUCUGGGCAAUUUGUUCUUGUUCCUUUUCUCUGGUAUAUAAAAGGUACUCAAUAAAUAUUUAGUAAUUUAAUCAAUAAAUGUAAAUAAGUUUUUCUUUCCUCAUUGGGGCUUUCUGUACACUUAUAUUCAUCAAAAAUUUGUUGAAUAUCUGUUCCAUCUGAGGCACUGUUUUAUGUAUAAUAAAAAGUGCUCUUUACCCAGAAGGAAGUCACAAUUGAAGAGGAAUAGAAAAUGUGAACACAUAACAAGAUAUGGCUUGAGAGGUAUCACAUAAAACUAAGUGGGCGCAUUAAGGAUGUCGGUGAUAAAUGCUUGGGCAGCAGGGAAACCCAUGAGGAAAAAAAGUGACAUUCUGACUAAAUUUUGAAGGAGAAAUUGAACAUUCAUAAGAAAACAAAAUAUGAAAAUAACUUACAGCCCAUUCCUCUACUCUAAACUUUGAUUCAUUAUACUUACUAAAUUCUUACCAUUGACAUUGUCUUCAC